CUCACUACCUUUAUUAUGAACCAAUAUAAAUUCUUUGACAUAAUUCACAACACAUCCUUUUUUGUCUCUUUAGAUAGACAGGGUCCACCACUUCACAGUUUACAUAAAUAGCAAAAGACUAUACACAUAAUAUUAUUAUAAGAAUUUGCAACCAUGAAGCAAGGGAUACUUCAUAUUCAUUCUUGUAUCUUUUUUGAUUUGAGUAUUAAUGAUAUAGCAUAAGAUACAUUCUUGUAUGUUUUUACCAAAAAGAAAAGAACCCCUUUACUCUCAAGAAACUUCCCACCGACGGCUCCUCUAUAUUCCUAUUUAUUAUAAAACAAAAAAACCAUAGUUUUCCUUUUCAAACACAUAUAUUUUGGCUCAUCCCUUUUAUCUGCUCGCUUUCAUAUAAAAAUUAGGUUCAAUUUACACGCAUAAAUUUAUCUGUUUUUUUAUAUGCUAUCUUUCAUCAGUCAGUACAAAUAUCUGGUAAUUUUAUUGUAUAAAUUUGUAUCUGUGCUAAAUUAGGUUGAAUUUGUGCUCAUCGAUCGAUCUCUUGAUUGUAUUAUCUAUUAUCUUUUAUCUGUAUAAAUAUCUUAUACGUUUGAUCAUUGAAAUCCUAAUUUGUAUUAGGCUCAAUUUUGCAAGCAUCUCCUGGUUUGUUUUGUUUGCUACCUUUCACGGAUACACAUAUAUAUAUCAGAUAACUCCAAGUAAUAUUGAUCCAUAUAUAUCUCCAAGAAUCCAUAUUUCUUUACUAAACUUAGGUUGUUGAGAUGGGGAAUUGUGUGUUCAAGGGUUUUGGUUUUGGUGAAGUUGAUGAAGAAGAAGAAGAAGAAAACAAGAAGAUGAUGAUAAAAGUGGUGACUUGUAAUGGUGGGAUCAUGGAGUUACAUUCACCCAUCACAGCCCAUUGCAUCACUAAUGAAUUCCCAGGACAUGCCAUUUUUCAUAGCCAGGACAUGUUCUCUCCACCACUUUUUCCUAAUGAGGAACUACAUGCUGGUGAAUCAUACUAUCUACUUCCUCUACUAAACCAUCCUAUUAUUAAAUCCAAAAGAGGUCAUGAAAAAGAUGAAAAAAGGCAUGUUACUACUUGUGAUACUAGUAGACAACCAACACCUUAUAGGAUGUCAUUUGAUAAUCAAAGGAUGCUCAAGAGAUCAGAAGCUGAGGUUUUUCCUACCUACAGUAGUACAGGUGUGUGGAAAGUGAAAUUACUUAUUAGCCCUGAACAAUUGUCAGAUAUUUUGUCACAUGAGGCACGUACAGAGGCACUAAUAGAGAGUGUUAGGACAGUGGCGAAAUGUGGUUCUGGUGCUUCUUCUAUGGCUACUGCUCACUCGGACAAAUGGAGUUAUUCUAGCACUAAUAAUAAUAAUUGGAAGGCACACACUACUCCUAUCUGACUGCUCUUCAUAUUUGAGUCAUCUUUAUUAGUAUAAGUUUUAAUUUUAGUUUAAAUAUCAAACAUCAAAUGAGAAAUAAAAAAAAAUUAUUUUAUUUGCUAAUAAAGUUAUAUGUUCUUUGUGUGAAUUUAGCAGUGAUUGAGAUGGGUAUUCGAUCGUAAUAUUAACGAAAGGAUUUUAUUUACCAGCCGCAUCUCUUUCUAAUGCAUUUAUUAGUAGAGAUCACAUGUGGAUCUUUCAUUUUUCUUCGGUGUUUUGCUAGUAAAUUUAUUACUGCAUUAACCUCCCUCGAAAUGUGUUUCAGGGAUGAUUCUUCCAAUUGGAGCAGUAGUGACCUGCAAUUAGCGAAAAUAUGUGAUUAUAUGAGGUUGUUACUAUGUAGAGUGAUAGGUAAUACCUGUGAAUCUGUUUCAACCAACAUGCACAUGAUUUAAAUUUUUUCUUUUCA